GGCAAUGUAUUUUAUCGGAUUCUCUUCGCUACUAGAGCUCUGUGCUUCGCGUUGGUGUUUUAUUACUGCUUUGGAUCUCUAAGUGGAGGGACUGUGCUCGCGAAUAUACGGAUUCAAAUUUCGCGUAUAAGUUUCGAAAUUCUUGAUAUCCCCCUCUGUUAAGUUUUCUAUUUUUGUACGUUUUUAUUUCUUGUUUUGUUUUAAUUUUUUUUCGUUUCUUUUGGUUUUGUUUUGUUUGUUUUUUAUUUAUUUAUUUAUUGUUUAUUUGUGUUUUCAUUCGUUUUCCCCACAAAUCCCCGUUCAACAGUAUUCAAAUCUAAUCAGCUGAUUUUGGAGCGAUUGAAAUAUUACAUAAAGAAAAAUAUCGGUUUUAUUGUAUCGAGAAAAUCUGCAAUACUGGGUUUCCAUCGGAACAGGCACCUUGCUGUACAAUCAUUCCACGCAAAAGCAAUAAUAAAUACGAAGCUGAGAGAAGCUUCUGUUGAUCAUACUUUCAACUCAUUCUCACUCUUUAUGAUUGGAGUAGUUUAAAUCAAAAAAAUGCACAUGGAAAUACACGUGGCUAUCAAUUACGUGAUGUCCCAGUUGUACGAGAAGUUGCCCAGACGGCGGGUCAAUAUAUUCGGCGAAGAAUUAGAAAAGGCUUUAAAGGAAAAAUUCGAAGGCCACUGGUACCCAGACGCGCCAGAGAAAGGAUCCGGUUACAGGUGUUUGAAAGUUGGCCGAGCCAUUGAUCCGCCUGAUCCUUUGCUGGAAAAGGCAGCAUACGAUAGCGGUCUCGACGUUCAAGAUAUCUUGGAGCAUUUACCCAAAGAACUCAACAUUUGGAUCGAUCCGGGCGAAGUGAGCUUCAGAAUUGGCGACAAAGGUCCAACUGAAAUUCUGUAUUCUACCGAAAUCGCCGAGAAUUCUGAUAACGAAGUGGCCAGAACAUUUAAUCCGGAAGCCAAAUGUUUCCGUCCAAAUGAUUUCACCGCUCCUUUCAAUCCGCUGAUUAUCGCGAAACCUGCCUCUCCUGCGAGCGGAUCUCUAAGUCCAGUUAAUGGUAUUAAAUGCUGUUCGCCGCCGUCAGCGAUGCCGAUGAAGAUACCAAAUUACAAUAAUAAGAAUGCUAAAGCUAUAACUCCUAACAAUAUGCAUGUAUUUAAUCAACGAACGAGUACGCCUACCUUUACGACUGCUACUUUUGCCCAAACCAAAUUUGGAAGCACCAAGCUGAAAACUAAUUCGAAACGUACAAACAGGAUGUCUCCAACGGAGUUCGCCAACUAUAUUAAGCAACGAGCGCAAAUGCAACAGCAAAUGCAAAUGCAGCAGCAUACCCAACAACAAAAUACCCCGGCUAUUUCACCACCGAUGAGAUCAUUCGGCGAGAAUUUCUAUUCGCCGCAAAAUAAUUUCGUUUUCAGAAACGGAGGCAUGGAUAGUAGUUUUUCUAUGGAUUCGUUGAAUCGUUUCUCAAGCUUUGCUGACGACGGAACAUCGCAAUUCUUCAAUCAGUCCAAUGUCGGACCUUUGUCGCCGGUUUCUACAACUCAAACCAAAGGAAGCUCCGAUAAACAUUUCGCGGAGAGUUUCAAUUUUUCAUUAAAUUCUCCUGGUCCUUCUAGCCCGUAUCAGCAUCUACUUUUAGCGAAUUAACAAUACCAUUUGGAUCUUCAAUCUCCGUAUUUUGGUGGUAAAUUUUGUGAUUUCCAGAAACAUGAUUUUGUUUUUCCCUCUUAUUUUGUUCUUUUUGCAUGUAUCGAUUGUAUAUUGUAUUAUAUCCAUGAUAAUUGGAAAACUAUUUCGUACUUUUUUAUUUAGAUUUAAUUACAAUCGUUACAUAUUUAUUUAUUUGUAUGAUUUCACCAAAAUACGGUUUUGUUUGUUUGUUUAUUCUUUUUUUUUUUUUUUUUUUAGUUAAUUUGCAAUAAGAAAGUAUUACAAACAUAUUUAAUCAAUUAUUUCAAUCUUUUUGAUGAUUUAUCAUUUUAUAUUUUGUCUCCUUUUGUGUGUAUGUGUGCGUUUUGUGGAAAAGCAUUUUUCACUUUCUUCUUAUAUAGUUAGAUAAUUUACAUUGCGGUAGUUUUUUAUUAUUAUAAUUAAUAUUAUUUAUUUUUUUUUUAAAUAUCCGUUAGGCCUAAAUAUGUUACUUUUUUUUCUUUUUUAAAUCUUUUUUAUCUUUUUUGGAUGUUUUUAGCUAUUAGUGCGUAGCAUUUUUUUUUUUUUAAUCAUCUAUACAUUUUUACGAGAUGUAGAUAAUUAUUACGCGUUUUAUAUGUAUGUAUACCUAAAAAAUUCAAAUACAUCUAUGUAUGAAUUUUCAACUUUCGCUCUUAGAUGCAGAGUGUAAUAAUUUAAGAGUACCUUAUACUGUUUCCAUUUCAAACUCGAUAAGUAUUUUGGCAAAUAUUCGAUUUGUACGCAAAUAAGAUGACUAUCAAAUUUUAUAUUUCAAAAUUGUAUCCGGAAGUAUCGAAAUAUCGGAAUAUUGUACCUAGUUUUACAUAAUGUUACCCACCUAUCUAUUUUCUCAGUAAAUAGGUACGAAGAAAACUAAAAGGGUUCGAAAUGGAUAUUUUUCUAGAACUGGAAUACCACUAGGAUAUAUGUAGUUUAUUAUUACCUUUUUUUUUUUUUUUUUUUUUUUACAAACAAUCAACUUAGCGUACCUACCAUUUUUAUACAUUAAAAUAAAAAAGAAAAAAGAACGUGUUACGUUUAGCACUUUCGACUGAUUCCUUUUGUAAUUUUUUGUACUUUUAUCGAAAGAAAUAUGUAAUUUUAACUGUGUUAUAAACAUGUUAGUGAGUACUUUUUUUUUACCCAACAAUUAUUUAUUUGCAUGAAUGAAGUACCUAUAAAAAUUGAAAACAAAAUUUUAAAAGCGUUAGAAACCAAAAAAAAAAUAAAUAAAUAAAUAAAAUGCAACAUAUUAUUAACUUUUUUUUUUGUAAUUUACCUAUAUAAUCUCAAAGACUGUUCUAUUUUUAUGAUUUAAAUCAAAUAUUGUAUGUUUCUCUUUUUUCUUUCCUUUUUAUUCUUUUAUAUUUUACCAGAUAUUUAAAUGAAAUAGUAAAUUAAAAGAAAAACAAUACCUAAGUUGAAAGAUUUCUCAUCUCUCGAAGAACAAUAACACUCACUAUAGUUAUGAAUUAGUCACUGCCUUGGUAACUAUAUGGAAAAUAAUUUAGGCGAAUACUGCUCGUAUUUGCUGGCAAUAUAAAUGAAACCCUAUUCAGCAAUAUCAUCAAAGUUCAUAUAUGUAGUUCAAAAACGUAACUUGAACAGUAGACAAGCUUACAUAUUCAAGUUUCGUUUAUAAUUUUUUAUUUUUUUUUAAAACUUGAACCAGCUUGUACGAUAUUUUUUUAGUUCCUUUCAUUAUCAAAUGUUGUACAAUUUAUCAAAAAUUCUAUCGAUUUGGGAGAAAAAAAUUAUUUCAGUGUUCAUAACUUGAAAGUUUUACAAUAGGUAGAGUAAACUGAAUUCAUGCCUUAUUAGCUCAACUGCCAAAUUUAUAAAAUCUAAAUCAUUAUUUUCUAUAUAUUGUUAUUUAUACUGCUUCUUUUAAUAGUUUAUAAAUGAUAAAAACGCCUUUCUUUUCUACGAUAAUAAUCAACUAAUAAAACAAUCAACAAUAGAGUAGAUAUUUAGGUUCCUAAAUUUUUUGAUCGAAAUGAUAAUCUUAGGUAUAUUUUUUAAAAGCUUUUGAAAAUACUUUAAAUCUUAUGCAGUGAAAAUCAUGAUGAAUUGAUUAAAUUUGAAACAUAUCGAAUCAUACGAUUUGCUCUUAGCUUCGAAGUACCACUUUUACACUUUACAGUUUCAAUUUUUAAAAAUAAUAAUGAAAUUUUGAAAGCUUAUUCAGGUAUUGAAACUAAUAUUCAAUUAGAUGCAUCAUUUCGAAAAGUAAACAUUUUAAAAUUUCAGAUAUGUAGACAAAAAAUAUUCGUAGAAUUUAUCAUUUAAUUUUUAAAAAAUCAAACGAUAAAUUUGGUGUGAUGGGGAAUAAGAGUAUCGCUUAUACAUUUUGUAAAAAGAAAUCUUUUUAGAAGAAUGCAGAAAUAUGUUUAAUUUUUUUUUAAUAUAACUAAAAUUAAUGUGAUACAUUAGUUAUUUAAUAAGAAUCGUAUUGGCCUUACUUUAUACCUACACGUUUUAUAUGUAAUAUAUUAUGAAUUUGGCAAUAAGGCGUCGAAAAGUAUUCCUAAUAUAACCAGUUACUAUCAUUGUUUUAAGUAUUUUUUCUACCAAUUUUAGUUGAUCUAUCAUACCAUAAUUAUAUCAAAUAGAAAUUUUGGUUCUCUUUUUUUAAAAAAUAAUUAAUUUAUACCUAUUUUAUUAUUUUUAUAUCGGUAUAGAAAAUUUCAUUUUUCUACUUUGUUUCAACAAAGUGAAUAUUUCGAAAACGAGUGUUUUUUUGCUUUUUUUUAUUUUGAUUUAGGUAUUAAUAAUUUUUCGUUGUUUUGAAUUUUUUUAAAUUUUUAUAUCGUAGGAGCUAUUCAUUUUUUUUAUUUGUUUCUUUGGCAGAAUUGAUACGGAAUUUCUUUAAAUAAUGAAAUCAUUAAGUCUGAAGUUGAGCAAGUGUAUACCUACCUACCUGUGCGAGGUAAUCCUUUUGUAAUUUUCAGUUGCGUCCUGUUAUUGUAAAAUAUACGUAAGAAAAGAAAUUUUAAUAUGAUGAAUUUAGAAAAUUAUUGGCUUUACUUAUGUAUUUUAGGCGCUUUUUUAUGUGUACGCAUUUUUAUACAUAAAAUUGCCAAAAUAUUUCAUGAGACCUACCCAAUAUCUUUCGCUUGCCAUAAUUUUUGCAAUUUCUCGUUUAUAAAUUUAAGUUGAAAAUUUUCUUCGUAUCCAUUGGUGUACAAGUUACCUUGGUAUUAGUUAGUGUUAGGCAGGUUACAUUCAGAUUGUAUCUCGUAACCGCCAAAAAUAUUACUUUCACUUUGUAAAUUUAAAAUUACUUUCUUUCUGUUCUAUUUUAUUUAAAUCUAUGUUAAGAUACAGUUUUUAACUUUAGACAGUUAUGCAUAUUUUAUUGUAAUUUUUUUCCUGAAAUAUAAUCUUUAUAGUUUUUCAAA